CUUUGUGUUUACCUUCAUUAGGUUGAUCUGGUUCAUCGAUGUUCGAUGCUACUACCCGGUUUGGGAUGUUGAAAUGGUAUGUGCAGUUCUGUAAGCAUAUAAUGAAAGUCAUUCCUUAUCAUGCACAUUGGGUUCUGCCCAUAGUUUCCAGGCUAGCUGUGAUGACGGUGAAUAUGAAUUUUGUACCUCAAGUAGGCCAUAGUUUUUUCAUCAAUUGGAAACUAGUGAAAUGAUACAUUUUCUCUGUUUUAGUAUUGAGAUUUAUAUCGGUUCAAGGCAGCCAAACUAUAUAUAUAUAUAUAUAUAUAUUUUUUUUUUUUUUAUUUUUUUGUUGAUGGUGGUGUUGGUCCUGUUGGACCUUUUAGAGGCUGGAAAUCCUUUGGUUCAAAAUGGUUGGCGAUGAAGUGAGAGUCACCUUGGUUAAUACCAGAUUACUUUUCUUUAUUUUUUCAAUUUUUUAUUCUCAUCCAAAUAAUUCAAUCCUGGGGUUUGAAUUAGAAAUGUUGAGUACCAAAAAUACUCAUUCAAUCGUUGACAAUUAAUGUGAAUGCUUACUGCGUUUUAUGCAUGGCUGCAAUUUUUUUUCUAGAGAAUUAUGAUUGUCGAAAAGAUAUUGGUUGGUGCCAUUCACAUUAAUACAUUAUAUUAGUGAGAAAAUCAUUUUUAAUUUGUCAUAUCAUUAAGAGAUUGACUAAAUAUGUAGUAGGUGAAAAAUAAGGCAUUAGUUGGUGCCUUUCACGUUUAUACAUUAUAUAUACAUAACCUUGAAUGAGAUUUAUGUGAUUGUUUAAAACCUUGAAUACACAAAUUAGAAUGAUGAAAACAAUACUCAUAAAGAAAUUAACUAAAGAUCAAACUCAAUCCAAAUUAUGCAAUGCAUAACAUUUGAACUAACAUUAACAGUCCUAAUGUGAAGUAAAAUCAUGGUUAUCAAUGACAAUUUCUGGGUAAUGUGUUCAUUUUCUAAACACAUGUUAUUAUUGUAUACUGCAAGCAUUGAGAAGCAAAAGAGAUUUUCAAAACUCGUGCUCAUAGCACUUAUGCUAUGAAUUGCUUUUACAUUUUGUUUUUUAAUAUUCUAAUCAUAUUUACAUUUUUUUAAAGCAUGCCUGACUCUCCUUUACGGCACACAAUGCCACUCUCAUAUUGCACUACACAUGUUAUUCUUGUAUAAUGCAAUGGUCCAUUUGUGGCGUGUAGAUGAUGACUAUAAAAACUCAUUGAAGAUGUAAACUGACUCACUGAGGAUUUAAGUAUACAAUAUUCCGGGAUACUUAAACGUAUCACUCCGGGAUAAUGAAUAGUCAUAGAAAUUCUCAAUUUGCAUUGAUAAUAUAAAAAUAGAAAAUUUUCAAGAAAAAGCAUGACUGUGCAUUGACUGAGAAUACCACUUAAUAAAUAUCCAGAUAUUGUAUACUUUCUCAUCAAUGAGAGUAUGUUUUUUUUUGGAUGGGUCAAGUAUCCAUGUGCUCCCGUAUAUGCAUUGUGAGCAUGACACACAUGCAUAACUGUGUGCUUAACUAUGUCAUGUUUAAUACUUUUGGUCAAGUUUUCACUAUUUUAUUGGACUAGUAACCAACUUUGUUGCUUAAUGUGGAUAUCAUGGCAGUUGUAUAAUUAUGCAUACAAACAAGUGGAGGUAUAUAUAAAUAGAAAAAUAUGCACACAUAUAGAGAGAGAGAUAUAUAAAAGUUUAUGUAACAACAAAUGGCAUGCAUGCAUUUUGCAUGUCUAUAUAUAUAUAUAUAUGAAUACCACGCAAUUGUUUACAUUGUUCUAUCACACCAUUCUCGCAUAAAGAGAGUCCUUUUUCCCCAUUUUCGUUUGAAUUCAGGGAGAUGAUCCAAGAAGACUCCAAAACUCUUCUUGGAUCUCCUCUGAUUCCAAGCCCUGAAAAGGGUAUUGAGUUUGAUUUGCCAGAGAAGAUUGCUGAGCUGAAAGAGCAAUUGCAGUUGGCUGGUCCUCUGAUUGUAGUUGGUUUCUUGCAGUACAGUUUACAGAUGAUUUCUGUUAUGUUCGUAGGCCGUCUCGGAGAGCUCUCUCUUUCAAGUGCUGCCAUGGCUACUUCGUUUGCCGGAGUCACAGGUUUCAGCCUCAUGCUGGGAAUGGGAAGUGCAUUAGAAACAUUCUGUGGACAAGCCUAUGGAGCAAAACAGUAUCAUAUGCUUGGAAUACACAUGCAGAGAGCUAUGCUUGUUCUUAUGCUGCUGGGUAUUCCUAUAGCAUUCCUCUGGAGCUGCACAGGGUAUAUUUUCACUAUAUUUGGACAAGACUUGGAGAUUUCAUCGCAGGCCGGAAUCUAUGCACUUUGGUUGAUUCCUAGCAUUUUUCCUUAUGGCGUCCUUCAAUGUCAACUCAGAUUCUUACAGACUCAAAACAAUGUCAAACCAUUGUUGAUAAGCAGUGGAAUUACAAGUUUAGUUCAUGUCUUGGUGUGUUGGACUCUGGUUUUUGGUGUUGGCUUUGGUAACAAAGGUGCUGCCCUGUCGAUUGCCAUCUCCUACUGGAUUAAUGUGUUGGUUUUGGCAGUUUACAUCAAGUUCUCUCCGACAUGUCAGAAAACAUGGACAGGGUUCUCUAAGGAGGGUAAGAAAGAUCUUGUUUGUUUUCUUUCAUUGGGAAUUCCUUCAGCUCUUAUGGUCUGCUUGGAAUUUUGGUCGUACCAGUUUUUGGUUCUCAUGUCGGGGAUUCUGCCUAAUCCAAAGCUAGAAACAUCGAUGAUGUCUAUAUGCCUCAACACAAGCUCAGUGAUCUUCAGAAUCCCCUUUGGUUUUGGCAGUGCAGUAAGCACGAGAGUCUCAAAUAAAUUAGGCACAGGGAAACCUCAGGCUGCCCGACUUGCAGCACAGGUUGUGAUAUUCCUGGCCAUCGUAGAGGGCCUGUUGGUAAGCUUAGCUUCAGUUGCAGCGCGAGAACUAUGGGGCUAUUUGUACACCAAUGAAGAGGAAGUAGCAAAAUAUAUAGCUUCUGUUAUGCCAGUGCUUGCCAUUUCCAACUUCAUGGAUGGAAUUCAAGCCGUACUCUCAGGCAUUGCAAGAGGAUGUGGUUGGCAGAAGAUCGGUGCAUUUGUGAAUUUAGGAGCUUAUUACCUUGUUGGCCUUCCUUCUGCAAUCAUCUUAACCUUUGUGUUUCACUUUGGAGGAAAGGGCCUUUGGAUGGGAAUCAUAAGUGGGAGUGGUCUCCAAGCCUUGCUGCUUUUAACCAUUACCAUGAACAUGGAUUGGGAGCGUCAAGCAAGAAAGACCCGCGAUAGAAUCUACGCUUCCAUCAUCCCAGUAGAUAUGGUAUCAUGAAAUAGUUUAGUUUGGACUAAUUGUUGAUGCAAAGUGUUGUUGUACAAAAGAAGCUUAUUAAGCUUCAAGCUUAAGAGUUUGAGAUGGACAGAGUGGUAUUGUAUGUUUAAUUUUCUUGUCAUCAACUCCAAAUUCAGAUUCGGUUAUAGACAUCUUCAGUAAGUUGUCACAUUAAAGUGGAUUUUUUUUUUUUUUUUUUUUUUUUUUUUUUUUUUU